CCGGCGCGCCAUACGAACGACGACGGGUCGCGCACUACGAGUAGGGCGCUGGUCGGCUCCGAAACCCCGAAGAGAAGGAAGAAGAAGAAGAAGAAGAGCGUGUGGAAGAGGAAAGUGGAAGCGGACUCGCCGACAACUGAGGCCGAGGCGACUUGACUUAGCCAGUGGCGAACAGAAGGAGACCUUAGCCGGAGAGGAUACUCGAAUUUGAAGUAUACGCGAGAGGAGACUCCGCAAAGCAAGGAAUCAGAUCCAUUGUCGAAGACAAGCAGAGAAGAUGUCGUCUUCAGCGGUUGCCAAGACUUCCAAGUACACGUACCGUUCUACGGGCGGUGCAGGUACAGCAGAUGUUAGCAUCGAAUAUAGCGCCGACCUGAGCGCUCUCAGCAGACUCGAGGACAAAAUCCGCCUACUGCAGGAUGACCUGGAGUCUGAGAGGGAGCUGCGUCAGAGGAUCGAACGCGAGCGCGCUGACUUAAGCGUGCAAGUCAUUCAGCUGUCCGAACGUCUCGAAGAGGCUGAGGGUGGCGCCGAAUCUCAAUUUGAGAUCAACAAGAAGAGGGACACGGAAUUGGCCAAGCUGCGCAAACUACUCGAAGAUGUCCAUCUCGAGAGCGAGGAGACCGCACAUCUCUUGCGCAAAAAACACCAGGAAGUCGUCGUCGACUUCCAAGAUCAGAUUGACCAGCUUUCGAAAGCACGUGCCAGGGCUGACAAAGAAAAAUCUAAAUUCCAGCAAGAGGUGUAUGAACUUCUCUCUCAGCUUGACAAUGUUUCUAAGGAAAAAUUGCUGUCGAUUAAAACAGUUGAGAAACUCGAAAUACAUGUAUCUGAAUUGAAUGUUAAGAUUGAGGAAUUAAACCGUACGAUUGUUGACAUUACUAGUCACAAAACUCGGCUAUCUCAAGAGAAUAUCGAAUUGGUCAAAGAGGUGCAAGAUCUCAAGGUGAACAUCGAAAACAUUUCGUACUUGAAAACGCAAGUUGUGGGUCAACUCGACGAUGCUCGCCGUCGCCUUGAAGAUGAAGAACGUCGUCGUUCAUUGGUCGAGGCUUCGUUGCACCAGGUUGAGGUGGAAUUGGAGUCUGUCCGCGUCCAAUUAGAGGAAGAAUCUGAGGCACGUUUGGACAUUGAACGUCAAUUAGUCAAGGCUACUGGAGAAGUCUCAAUAUGGAGAUCGAAAUACGAGACCGAAGCUAAUGCUCGUCUUGAAGAGGUAGAGGAACUUCGUCGAAAAUAUUCCGCUCGCAUCCAGGAACAGGAAGAACAAAUCGAGACCUUGCUUGUGAAGAUUAAUAAUCUCGAGAAACAGAAAUCGCGCUUGCAAUCCGAAGUGGAAGUUCUGAUCAUUGAUUUAGAAAAGGCCAAUGGAACUGCUCGGGAACUUCAGAAGCGUGUCGAACAUCUCGAAAAAAUCAAUAUAGAAUUGAAGACUCGUUUGGACGAAUCUCUCGCCUUAUACGAGCAAAGCCAGCGCGAUCUUCGCAACAAGCAACAAGAAUUGCAACGUGUGAACGCCGAACUCGACAAGACUCGCGAACUGAAAGAUCAAUUGGUUCGUGAAAAUAAGAAACUUGGAGAUGAUCUUAGCGAUGCUAAGAAUCAGUUGGCUGACAUGAAUCGUAGACUCCACGAACUGGAACUAGAACUUCGUCGAUUGGAGAACGAACGUGAAGAAUUGGCUGCUGCUUAUAAGGAAGCCGAAGCAGGCCGCAAAAUUGAGGAGCAACGUGCUCAGAGAUUGUCGGCCGAAUUGAGUCAAUUACGUCACGAAUAUGAACGUCGCAUUGCUGAAAAGGACGAAGAAAUUGAAGCUAUUCGCAAACAGACCAGCAUUGAAAUCGAGCAGCUGAACGCCCGUGUAGUCGAGGCCGAGACGAAAUUGAAGACCGAAGUCCAACGCAUAAAGAAGAAGCUGCAGAUCCAGAUUACCGAGCUCGAACUGUCCCUGGAUGUCGCCAACAAGAAUAACAUUGAUCUGCAAAAGACCAUCAAGAAGCAAUCUCUCACUCUGACUGAAUUACAAGCCCAUUACGACGAAGUACAACGUCAAUUGCAAGUGACCCUGGACCAGUUGGGCAUCAGUCAACGUCGCCUCCAAUCAUUGACAGCCGAGCUCGAGGAAGUUCGCGGUAAUUACGAAUCUGCUCUGCGUGCGAAGAGGACCGUCGAGCAACAAUACGAGGAAUCGGUUAGCCGCAUCAAUGAGCUGACCACGAUUAACGUAAAUAUCGCUUCCUCGAGGGCUAAGCUCGAGCAAGAACUGUCUACUUUGGCCGGAGAUUACGAAGAAGUCACCAAGGAAUUGAGAGUCAGCGAUGAGAGAUACCAGAGAGUGCAGAACGAGUUCAAGCAUACUGUCGAGAUUCUCCAUGAGGAACAGGAACGUAUCGUCAAGAUCGAGGCUAUCAAGAAAUCCCUGGAGAUCGAAGUGAAGAAUUUGUCCGUGAGAUUGGAAGAGGUUGAGGCCAACGCUAUUGUUGGAGGCAAGCGCAUCAUCAGCAAGCUUGAGGCCAGGAUUCGUGAUCUGGAGCUGGAGCUGGACGAGGAGAAACGCCGACACGCCGAGACCGUGAAGAUUCUGCGCAAGAAGGAACGCAACAUCAAGGAGGUGAUGAUCCAAGUCGAGGAGGACGCGAAGAAUAUUUCCUUGCUGCAGGAGACGCUUGACAAGGCCAGCCAGAAGGUCAGCAUCUACAAAAGGCAGCUGCAGGAGCAGGAGGGCAUGUCCCAGCAAAGUGUCACCAGGGUUCGCCGAUUCCAAAGAGAGCUCGAGGCUGCAGAGGAUCGUGCCGACACCGCGGAGAGCAACUUGAGCUUGAUCCGGGCCAAACACCGCAGUUUUGUCACCACCUCAACUGUGCCCGGCUCCCAGGUAUACCUUGUCCAGGAGACGAGGCAGGACCUGUCUUAAACCACCAUCAUAAAGAACAUCUUUGCCACUUUAAAUGUCGCGUCUUUAUAAAUGAAACCGUGAACACGUUGAGAAAGAGAAAGGACAAAGACGCGAUCAACAAUCAUAUCAUAAGAGCUGAGAGUUUUCACGGCGUGUUAUUUUCGAGGGAUAAAAAUUGGAGCAACCAGAUCACAUAUGCAUAAAUAUACAUAUAAAAUGCGAGUGCAGUUAUAUAACGACCCGUCGUAAAUUCGAAAUUGCUUUGUUAACGAAAUGCGCGAUACGUCGCAACGAAAAUGUUUAAAGUAAAGGGAAAAAUUAACGCUCACUAUUUAAGGGAUCCGCGCAAAGCAUCAGAAAUGUCAAACUCGAGAAUCGAUGAUGUAUCGUUCAACGAUACAGCAACAAAAUAACAAAGCUAAAUCGAAAUCUUCUCGUCCCAAUUAUGUAAGUAUAAUCGAGCGUAAGGGCAGAGAAACAAAAACGGCUAAGGAACAUGAGAAAAGAGCAGUGGCAAUUUAUGCCAUUUCUAUUCGCGCGUGUCGCAAUUGUACUUAAAUAUAUAUAACUUUAAAAAUCUCUCUCUAUUCUAUUACUACAUUACUAGAUAGGUAACUAUUACCCAUAUACACAACUCUCACUGUACAACAUACCAAUAACCUGUGUCAACAUUAAUUUAAUAAAUAAAGUGAAACGCGUACGUACGAACA